AUGAUCCUGGGGAUCAUCAAUGCGGUCAAGUGUUAUCACGUGACUUCUUCACUCGAAUCAUAUAGUCGGAAAUCAUUUGACGGUUGUAAAAAUCUUCAUGAAGAAUUUGUAAGAACAAACACCGCCACCUGGGAGAAUGCCAAAGCUUGUUUCGAAACUUUUCCGUAUGACUUUGAGAUUGCAAAUGAGACGAUUAACACCUUAAAGGGACUUUUCGGUGGUUUCUAUUCAUUCUUGAAUCAAGCGAAGGAAGAACCGAAGCCUGGAUUCACCUUCAAGCCCAUAGAUUUAUUAGACGAAUUUGAUAAAUUACUGAAAAAGAAAUAUGAAAAGGAGUUUGAUUUUUGGCAUGACGUCGCAUCAAUCAUAUUUUCAUUAAGGGACGCUCACGUUGGUAUUAUAAAUCUUUGCUACGAUGCAUUCAUAUUUGAUCAAAGAUUAUCAUUAUAUUCGGCUGUCAUUGACGGAAAACAGAUAAUUAAGGUGUUCAAUGAUAUCGAGGACCCCACUAACGUCGACUGUCAAGUAACCGAGAUUGACGGUGAUCCCGCCUUAGAUGUUAUUGUUGAAUUUGCGCGCGAUAAAAUUAGAACAUCGAGAGAUUUAGGAGUCCGAUUCAACAAUGCCCUAGCAUCUUUGACUCUCGAAGGAGGGGUCAUCAAAUUAGACUCACUUUCGCGACAAUUCUCUUUGCGAUCACGAUUACCACCGACUCCAACAAUUUCUUAUGCUUUAGAGUGUCCUGGCAAUGUAAAAAAGAAUUUUACUCGCCAGUGGUUUGUUAGCGACCCACGCUCGGUGCGCAAGAACUUCACGGAUUCUGCCUCAUAUCGUAAAGCACUUUGUACGAGACCCAGCGACAACAAGAAAGGCUCAACUAUUUCUUCAGUUAGUUAUGAAGAUAAAAUUUUUGAGCUGGAGUUGAGCGAAGGGAAUUUGACGGUUGAUGCUCACAUUGCCAGAUUUUACACCUUGCAAGACUUUGGUGUGGUUGUUAUUUCUACGGAAGAUAUCUCGAGUUAUAAUAUUAGCCUAAUUAACGACACGUUGAUAAAGUUAAAUGAUGGAUUUCAGGAUUUUGCACGGAAAGGAAUAAAGAAGGUGGUCCUUGAUUUAACAAAUAAUAAAGGCGGUGAGCUCAUUGUCUCGGAAUACAUCCUUGUGCUCUUAUUCCCAGAUAUAACACCAUCUUUUCCGGCUGACCAACGACUCACGGAUCUUAAUGAACUUGCCAUCAGCACCGCUUCGGACAAUUCGUCUACCGCAGUUAACUCGAAAUUUAGUAUGCGCCUACGAUUGCUAGCUGAAAACAAAAAAGUUUUUACCUCCGUCCAAAAAUUCUUUGGUAGCAACUGUUUUACGCGUGGUGGUGUGCAUGGAAGGUACUCUACAAAAUACUUUUAUGACAUCGAGUCCAUUGCAAGAAGAAACAAGGCCCGAGUGCAACAAGGAACAGACCCUGUACCACUAAAUUGGACACGUGAUAACCUAAUCAUUUUAACAAAUGGAGCUUGUGGGUCUGCGUGCGCAACGAUAACUCAAAUAUUGGUGGAAAAGAAAGAGAUAAAAACGGUGGCUGUUGGGGGUUUACUAUCGCAACCGCAGUUGAGCUAUUCUUCGUUUCCCGGUGGGGUGAUAUUUACAUCCGAUCAGUUAUUACACGAGCUAAAUCAAAUUGGGUUAAACAGAUCCACUAACAGCUUGAUACCAGAUAAUUUUCCGCAGUUGAUUUUAACUAGUAUGUCCAUAGACGAAUUUUACAGUAGCACAUUAGACAAUGUGGUUUUAGAGUUUUUCCCGAGACCUUCGGAUUAUAGAUUAUACUACGAUGAGCAGAGCAUGAGGGACCCUAGUAAAUUAUGGAUUCAGGCGGCAAACCUGAUCGGAAAGGAUUCGUGA